UCACAGAGAAUGAUAUAUUCACCUCAGAGGGCUUGAGUAAAUAUGUAGUUUGCAAUUAUGCAUGGGUAUGUAUUCAAUCAGGUUCAGUUCAGAUUGAAUUGAAUUUCGAUUCUUCGGGAGUAUGGAAUUUAGACUCAUUUGGAUAUUCUCAAAGAUCGGUUCAGAUUUUAUUUUAGUUUUCUAGAAGUGCAUGGUUCAAAUAUAUUAACACUUUACAAUUUCAGUUGAAUCCGUUUAAGUUUGAGUUUGAUUUUAAUUCGGAUUCAAUGAUCAAAAUAAUUUGUGACUUGAAAAUAUAUAUAUUAGUUCAUAAUCUUGAAAAGUUUAAAUAAUCUGUACUAACAAUGAUUUGGUGGCAUAAUUAAAAAAUAAUUAUUAUUAAGAAGAGAUAAACAUAAAGAAUUUAAACUCACAACUCUAUAAAUGUAGUGACAUUUAAAAUUCAAAGAUAAAUAAUAUUGUUGAAAUUUAUUCAUAAUGAAACUUGAAAUGCAUAUAUAUAUAACACUGUAAAAAUCUUAGUAUUUGACCAAAUAUCAAAAAUACAUUAAAACUAAUUAUUCAUGUUACAUGCCUAUGGGAUAUUUGAAUAAUUUAUAUAGUUAUUCAAGAUUGUGCUUGGUAUGAAUUUUUUCCUUUUUGGGUUUCUUCCGAUAUUUUUUUGAGUUCGAGAUUGAGUAAGACCCAAAACUUAUGAUAAAGUAAAACAAAAUCCAUUCGAAUACUAUGUUAGAUUCAGUUUAGAUUUAGCAGAUCAGUCCAAAUUUUCAGGUCUAGUCAUUUUUUGUCCACCAAUAGUUGUAAUAAAUAAAAAAUGAAUUAAGAUUGGCGGAGCUUAGUAAUAUUUUUUUGUUAUUUAAAUGAACCUUUACAAAAAAAAGAAAAACUAAUUAAGUUGUAUGAUUUUCUUUUUUUCUUUGAUUGUCACCAAAUUUUUAAAAAAGUUCUUUGUAAAAUGAUACAAUUCAAUUUUAUUCAAAAUUGCUUAUGGAAUUUCAGAAAACUUAACAUGGUGUAAUUAAAAAUAAAAACAUAGUAUAUAAUUGAGAGGCACCCCAGUAGAUUUUUGAGUUGAAAACUCAUAAAACAACAUCAUGGCCAAUCCCAAAGCAACUAGUUUAGAAGAACAUACAGACAUGCACUUUACAAGAUAACAUAAAAUAAUAGCAUUAGAAAAGAAAUUGACAUGCGGUGCAUAUAUAGAUAAAAAUGUCUGAGAUGAGACAACAAAGGAUACAUAAAAGACAAGAGAGGUUGAAACUUGAAAGAAUGCACUUAUGCAAUUGCAAAAAGGUCCAAAUACAAAAAUAUGCACACUCGUGCUUGCUCGGGAACAUCCCCUUCUUCGUUUAUAAUCUAGUACUACUAACUAGUAACAUCAAAUUAACAUGUCCUCUUAAUUAAUAUACUUUUGGCACCAAUCUUUCCGAGUUCACACAUUGUGACCACUGCAGUUUCUGUUCAAAGUUCAAACCCACUAAUGUUGACCCUCGUCGAUCUUAUAAUGUAAUUAAUCAAUAUGAGAAAAAAACAAAAGUUUCAGAGAAAACAAUUUAACUCUUAUAAAAGUAAUGUAUUGGUAAGAGAACAAUGUUCUCUUAAAAGUAUACCAAUCUUCUGUAUCAAAAUCCACCGUCAAACUGUAGAGGACAUAAACUACUCGAUACUGAAAUGGUAAAAUGCGAACAUAAUGAAAAUCGAUCAUAUAUUUGUGAAUGGAAACAUAUAUGCGGGGCGAAAUUGGUAUGAUGUGACUAGGUUUCGAAUGGUAACCAGCUUCCCGCCUCGCCCCGCAGUUAACAUUAACAAAAAUCUCUAUAUAUACUAUAUAUCUAUACAUUUUUAUAAUUAAACCGCUUGUCCCGCAUCGUUCAACCUGCAGUUACCAUUCGGAUUCGGAGCCUAAAAUAUUAUAGAUGUUACAAUUAAGCAAAACUUUAAUUCAUAGUGCGUUUCAAAUCAAAUUAUGCACUCAACAAUAAAAGUUUUUUUUUGUUUUUCUUACAACAUAUGAAAAACGCACUUUGUCAUUUUAUCACAAGUUAUAGGUUCCGAAUAGUAACAGCGGGUUGAAUGGUGCGGGACAAGUAGUUUGACUGCGGUGCGGUUCUGACAGUUAUAAAAAUGUAUAGAUAUAUAGUAUAUGCAGAUAUUUUUGUUACUAUUAAUUACGGUGCAGUGCGGGACGGAUGUUACCAUUCGGAGCCAUAGUACUGUCCAUGUGCGUUUUUUUUUGUUUAAUUUGACAUUUUAAUAAAACAUAUUUAAUUAGAGUUCUACAAAGAUUUAGCCAGUUAAUAACUAACUUUCAAAACAUACUUUUAACAUAUUUAAAUAAUUACUUUCAUAAAAUAAAACAGAUUUAUAACGACUACAUAAGUUAUAAUUUAUAGUCAAAUUUUAAAAAAUCCAAACAUGGUUAAAUUAUUUCAUAUAAAUUGAAUAUAUAUAAUAUAUUUCUUAAUUAUAAUUAAUAGUUUAAAAAUGAAACUAUAAGUUAAAAUACUAAAUAUCUUUAAUUUAAUUUACAACUGAUUGAUUCUUUUUGAAUAUCUAAAACUACUCAAAUUUAUAAUAUUUUAUAUAUGAACCAUCUUAAUUAUAUAUAAAUCUAUCUGAAAACUCGAUAGGGCGGUUGAACUGUAAUUCAUUCCUCUGUCUGAUUCAUGGUUAUGUUAUAAUUAGAUUUGAGUUAAUUUGGAAAAUUGGUUAAAUUCGUCAAAACGGCAAACCGGCUCAUUACAACAAUUAGCUUUUCAAUUUAAAUUAAGAAAUAAAAACUAUAUGUUUAAUUUUAAAUAUUUAUCUAUCCAAACCGCAAAAUAAUUUUGUUCUAAAACAUUAUUUCGCACCGUUUAUUCUAUCGAGACAGCAUGAAUUGCAGUUACACCAUACCACAAUUCCGCUUAUAUACUAAUCCUCAGUUACCAUUCUUAUCCAAUAUAUUGACGCAAUUUUGUUCAUAGAAAAUACUUGCAAUAUUAAAAACUAACUAUAUAUAUGUAAUAUAUUAAAAAGUAUUAACCAUAUAUACAUAUUUUCAUAUGGGAUAGCGGCAGAGUAUACUACUUUAUAGAGUCUAUAUGCGUCAACAGUUAGGUGAUCUUAUGAAUCUAGUGGUUGUAGUUGUUGGUUUUCUUAUUACUCAGUGUACAACAUCUGAAAACGCUAGGGAAAGUUGCUGCAAAUUUUUAUCUGAUUACUACUUGAAGUUAUGUCAAUGAGUUAUAAAUAAAUAUUUGGAGUUCCCAAGUAAUAUGUUUCUGAAGCCGAGCCGACAUGGAGAUGAGACCACCAACGCAAGUGCUGUCUUAGAUCACGACCGUCUCAUUUUCCAACGCGAUCAAUCUCCCCACAAAACCAAAAAAUGUUUAUCAACUCUUGAUUCGAUGCUUUCUUUCUUACAUACAUUUUGUAAUUUACUGUUUGACAUUGAAGGAGACAAACUUUUAUCCUUGAUUCCCGAUCUUGUCCAUUUUAUUUGAUCCUUUCCAUACUCUGUCUGUCUAAUAGGCUUUCAUUUGCUGAGGGACUCGGGCUUUUUGCUCAAACUAAUUAUCAAACCAAAACAUUAAUUAUAUAUGAACUAUACAAUACUACUGAACCUAAAACAUUUUCUGAAUUAAUUUAAAUCGAUCAAUGAUCUUAAUCAAAAGACUAAAAACACUAUGUGCUAUGUAUCGCAUGUUAGCGAUUAAUCAGUUACCAUUUGUGAAAACUCAUUUUCGUCUAAUAAUACAUCUGUACAAUCAUUAUUCACUUAGAUCUUAUUAACCAUGCUUUUUUAUAACCCGCGGUAUCCUAUUGGCCGAAGGCCAACCGACUAAUUUUCUGGUUACCUGUCUAUUGGCGCCAAGCAGAUUUGGUUGUUCGCAAUGGAAAUUAGAUAUUCAUGUCGACUGACAACAUAAGCGGAUAGUUAUGAUUGCUUUUUAUCACCAAAAUGUUUUAGGCCCUUCACUGAUAGUUCUUUAGAAUCGAAUCAUGUAAAUGAAUCCCCUCCCUUACAUCAAAAUCCAAAAAUGUAAUCUUGAGAUACAUUUUUUAUCAGAAAUUUUCUUGCCACACCAAUAAAACUACAGAAUACUACAUACACUGGGGGUUUAACCCGAGCUUAGGCAUCCAGUAUUAUGUGACAAGAAAUUUUUAAUAUUUAAUACUCCAUCCGUUUCACAAAGAGUGUUACUUAGACACUUUUCACACAUAUUAAGGAACUCAUUAAAAUUCAUUUAUGUUUUCAUUAAUAGAACAAAUCUAACCAAUAGUAUUUUAGAUAAAUAGAUUUACUUAUAAAAUCAAUGUAUUUUGCAAUUAAUUUUCAGCUGAAAAGUUGUAUAAAUUGCAUUGAUAUUAUAGAAUGACAUUCUUUGUGAAAUAAAAAAAAUAAAUUAAAGUGAAACUUAAUAUGAAACAGACGGAGUAACAUCUAUGGUUGUUUCACUGGGAUUUAAUAAUUGACUUUAAUAUAACAAAUACAUGCGUGCACUUCGAGUCCCAAGAUAGUAAUAAGUCUCCUUUUUCAUUCUUCAAACUUUCUCUUUGUUUCUUUUCUUCCUACCAUUUUCUCCGUACCCUUUUUCUAUUAAAUCACAUUUGCCACCGUUUUUUCACAUCGCACACAUGUUGUAUACACUCAUUUAUUAAUAUGUACAUGCAUAUAUAGCAUUCUUUGCCCUCUUAAACACAAACACCUCAUCUAGAGAUAUCGUAUAUUUUCUUAUUCUCUGUCUUCUAAUGUCUGAUCCAGCUUGUAUCUUCAACAAUGGCGUUGUCGACGGCUAUGACUAUAGCUUCAACUAUUCCACUUCUCUCUCACACAUCUACAACUCUAAUGGCAGCUUCUAUUACCCUCGCAAUACCACAGACAUAAACCCUAAUUCUACUUUACCUGAAUCUCCUCCACUUAGAGAAGCUCUUCCUCUCCUUAGCUUAAGCCCCAUCCAUAAGCAGAAAGAAGAUAUUGUUCCUCAGCAUGAAUACUAUUUCAUGGAGACGACCGAAAACUCUUCUAAUUCAAACUUUCUUAAUCAUAAUCUUGAUCAAUGCCAAGAAAGUACUCAUCAUUAUGAUGUGACCGUGGAUCUUCAUCUAGGGUUGCCAAACCCCGGUGGCGACGCUAUUGGUUACGGGGGUGGUGGGAGCAGCAGCAGCGAUGUCAUCCUUGAUUCUACCGACCAAGAGCAUCAUCAAGAUCGUCAUCAAUAUCAUGGAGUAGAAGUUACACUUGCUUCUGAUCAUCAUCAUGAUGGUCAUGGUGGUGUACAAAGGGGUAUUCAUAAUCACUAUUGGAUCCCUACUCCUUCUCAGAUUCUCAUGGGUCCUACACAGUUCUCUUGUCCUCUCUGCUACAAGACCUUCAACAGAUACAACAACAUGCAGGUAAUGACAUUCAUCCAAUAAACCUAACUUUAAGUUCUUACUUUCCCUAAAAUGAUUUUUAAGAUUUGACUUUUGUUCUUUAAAAUGGAUCUAUAUAUGUUUAUUUUCCUUAUUUUUCUUUUGAGUAAGAAUUUCUAUAAUUUUUUCAGAUCUUCAUCAUGAGAAAAUCCUAGCACACACUAUGACAAUUUUUUCAUAAUUGCUAUUCCUAUUAGUAUAGAAUCGAGAAUAACUUUUCAUUUGAUGGUACAAGUCAUUGCUGUACGAUCUGUUGAUUAAUGGCUAUGAGAAGAUCAACUAUGAUCAAUCAAUGGUUUUAAAAUCAAGAUCUUCUUUAACCAAAAGUCAUUCUAGACUGCCUCCUUCUAACCCUAGAAUAUGAUUAUUCUUCCUUUUCCAGUUUUGGUCUCUCUUGAUUUUUGCGCAGUUCUACUACAAACACUCAUUACCCUAAAAGGAAAAAAGAAAACGAAAAGAGGAAGAUAUAUGUCUUGCAGACUUUUCUAAUACCUAUUAUAUCUUUAUAUUUUUUUUUUUGAGAACUACAUUACAUAUAACUUUUUGUAAAAGAACAUUACAUAUAUUUAUUAUGUGACAUUUAAUUCCUAUUAACCCCUAGGCAAUCAUACGGGGUUAGAUCUCAAACUCAUAGUAUUCAUCUUUGUACAAGUACUCAAAGAGAAUAUGAUCUAAAAGUACAUGAACUACUAAACUACAUAAAUUUAUACAAUAUUAAUUUUCUAGAAUUACACGAAUUAACUGAUAAGUAUAUUAAAUUAUAUGAAGUUUGUGCAAGAAUUAUUACACAAUAUUUAGCAUGAUCUGUUUGGUCAGUAUUGCACUACAUUGUGACAGUUGCAUUUCGAGAUUAGUUUUGGAGUUUUAUCUUAAAUAUUUUGUUCGAUCAUAAAAUCAAAUAAAUAUUUAAGCUAUGCGCAUAACUUGAAGUAUUUAACGUUUACACAUUUUUUUUUUUAUCUGAAUUAGAUGCACAUGUGGGGACAUGGCUCAGAAUACAGAAAAGGACCAGAGUCACUAAGAGGGACACAACCAACGGGGAUGCUGAAGCUGCCUUGCUACUGUUGCGCACCGGGCUGCAAGAACAACAUUGAGCACCCGAGGGCAAGGCCGCUCAAGGACUUCCGUACGCUUCAGACACAUUACAAGCGGAAACACGGUGCGAGGCCCUUUGCUUGUCGUAGAUGUGGAAAGGCUUUUGCGGUCAAAGGAGACUGGAGGACGCACGAGAAGAACUGUGGGAGGCUUUGGUAUUGCUCAUGUGGCUCGGAUUUCAAGCACAAGAGGUCGCUUAAGGACCACGUCAAGGCCUUUGGUAAUGGUCAUGUCCCUUGUUUUGGCAUUGAUUGCUUCGGCGAUCAUGAGGACGAGGAGGCUGCUUCUGAUGUCGAACAGCAAGAAUGAUCGUAAUUUUGUUUGGAUUAUAUAUAUCGGAAUAGCAGAAGCCUUUACUGUUCUAAGGUGUUCGUUAAAGUUUGUUAGACCGUCUUUUUCAUUUAACUAAUCUAAAGUGCAUUUUCUUAUCAUUAGUUAUAUUUCUACACGCAGAUGUACAAACUCUAGUAUAAUUUAAAACUCCAGAAUUAUGAAUAAGACAAUUUGGUCAUUUAAAAAAUUGAAAUCGUACUAGUUAUAUAACUCAUGUAACUUUGUUCAAAACAAAAAACACUCAUAUUUUUCUUUUCAUUCUCGAUAUGUAAGAGCAAUCUUAUCAGGAAGACAUUCUUCAAAAUUCUUAAACAAAAAAAAAUAGUAUUUUAAUAUAAUUUAUAUACGUGAUUAAAUAUUAAUUGUAAAAUAAGAGCUAAACUAAUAGAAAAAUGACAUGUGUGGAAUGGAGUUCCUAAAAGUUCUCCUUUUAUAAUUUUUUUUACUCUAUCUCUUUUCUUUCUAUUAUUUUAUUUUUAUAAUCAUAAGAUUAACAUACAUUUGUUUUCGUUUUUGUAGAUUUGGAUGACUCGUGCAUCAGAAAGAUCUAGGACGGACUAUUAUACACAUAUUUACAAGGGAAAUUGGAUUCUAUAGCACAAAAAAAAAUUAUAAUUAAGUCAGUAGCUCUUUACCCUAAAACACAACGAUACACCGUAUAUUUUCUAUAAUAAUACCUUUAUACCCCACUCGCAACCGGCUAGAAUUAAAAUAAAAAAAAAUUCAUCUUUUCUUCUUUGACAUCGUGGCCUCUUCAUCUUCACUCACACAUUAACUGUUAUUUUUGGAAGAUAAAAUUAAUUAGUUUCACUGUUAAAAGCGUUUCCGGUGACUGGUUGCGGUGAAGGGUCUACGAAGAGUCAUAAGCAUCGUUAUUUAAGAUCUACUCACACCGUCCGUCAUGUGUGUUGUGGGAUUUAUGGGCUUUUGUCAGUGAGUUCGGUGACGAUUUCUUCAACAUACAGUAGUAGUCAUAAAAUUGCAGAGGUUAGUCUUUUUGUUUCUGAUAUAUUCAACGAUUGAUACUGCAUGUCCCAGUCUAAGAGUAGAUGAAUCAAAAUUGAGAUUGCAUGCCGCAAUCGGUAUCUGUAAAGCCCUGGAACCGCAAGUUUGUGGCUUCAGUGUCGUAUAGUAUGGUUGAUUCUAUUCCAUAUCAGUGUCAUAGUACAUACUUCUACUUACAUAGUGUAUACCGCUAUAUUAUGUCUGAAAAAAAGGACGAGGGGAAGAAGAUGAAGUUGCAGACCAUACUAUAUUCGUUAGAAUUAUAGUAUAGUAUGUAUUAUUAUUACGGUUAUUUAUGUAAGGUUACUAUACUAUUAGAUAUAGUAUUCUAUUCUUUACGUUUCUCUAUAUUAUUUUCUUUAUAUAUAAUUGUUUAUAGAUUGUAUUUGGGUUUAUAGGAUCUUACCUAGGGUUUAGAUUUAUUAAGUAGAAAUUUGAGUAUAGGAGGAUUCGGUGGUUCAUUAUUUACGUAUGUUGUGUUAAAUCUAUAUUAUAUUUGCAUUAUCUAUAGGAUUAUGUUCUAUUUGAAAUUACUUACUAUACUGUAUAUUUGUUUUUCAUUCUGUUUGACAGUGUGUUAUCUUUUUCUGCAUAUGGUAAAUAAAUUGAUGACGUUGUCUUCGGUCUCUCGUGUGAUGCUAAACGACCACGUCAUCUCUACCAGUAACCGGCAACUUGUACAUUGAAAGGACAAAACCGGACUUUUCUUUGCCUAAAUGUUAGCGAAUGAAUUAUGUCAAAAUCACUGAUAUAUUCUUCAUUUCCAUUAGUGUUUUGUAUAUUGAGCAAAUUCUCCCU